UUCCAGGAGGAAGAAAGACAUCGGAGAGCAAUAUGGGAAGACAAUGUCAAGAUGAUCAAACUGCUCAGUGAGGAGAAUGGCCUGGGGAUGAACAACGUCACCGUAGAGAUGAAUGAAUUUGGUGACAUGACUGGUGAAGAGAUGAGGGAAAUGAUGAAGGGGAGUUCAGUUCUGACUCUAAAGAAUGGGAAACACAUCCAGAAACGAGGAGAUACCAACAUCCCCAAAACUUUGGAUUGGAGAACACAAGGCUAUGUAACCCCCGUGCAGAGACAGGGAGAUUGUGGUGCUUGUUGGGCUUUUGCUGUGGCUGGUGCCAUAGAAGGACAACUGUUCAAGAAAACAGGAAAACUGACCCCAUUGAGUGCCCAGAACCUAAUUGACUGCUCUAGAUCUUUUGGUACUACUGGUUGUAAAGGAGGCAGGCUCUAUAAUGCCUUCCAAUAUGUAAAGAACAAUGGAGGUCUGGAGGCUGAGGCAACCUAUCCAUAUGAAGCAAAGGAAGGACGCUGCAGGUACCGUGCUGAACGUUCUGUUGUCAAGGUUGCCCGCUUUUACGUUGUCCCAAGGAAUGAAGACGCCCUACUGAAGGCUUUAGUAACUCAUGGGCCCAUUGCUGUUGGAAUUGAU